CAAAUGAUACCUGUAGUUAAUGUUAUCAGACAAAGCAGAUUUUGUAUGGUAAUGGUAUAGCCGAUUCAUGAGUUUUAAUUUUAAAUGGCAUUUAGCGUUUUGCGUAGGGCCCUCUCACCACACUGCAGUCUUCACUCUUCAUAUUCUUGUUCAUCUCUCUUCCAAAAUUCCCAAUGCUUUACCUUCAUAUUCACUAAAGAACAAUUGAGCUCAUGCUCGGUCUCCUCCCAUUUGUUGUAUAAGACUCCGGGCUCAAAUUUCACGUGACAUGUCUAAAGCAGCUGUUGCAUCGCAAGGUUUGCUUACCAUGCAGUCCUUGUCAACAAGUGAGCCUGUUGUUUCAGUUAACUGGCUUCACGCAAACCUACGAGAACCGGAUUUGAAGGUGUUGGAUGCAUCCUGGUACAUGCCAGAUGAACGAAGAAAUCCAGUUCAAGAAUAUCAGGUUGCCCAUAUUCCUGGUGCACUUUUAUUUGAUAUUGAUGGCAUCUCAGAUCAAACUACUGAUUUGCCGCAUAUGUUGCCAUCAAAAGAAGCAUUUGCUGCUGCUGUUUCUGCCCUUGGCAUUGAGAAUAAAGACUAUAUUGUUGUUUAUGAUGGGAAGGGAAUUUUCAGUGCAGCUCGUGUUUGGUGGAUGUUUCGUGUAUUUGGACAUGAGAAGAUUUGGGUUUUGGAUGGUGGCUUACCUAGAUGGCGUGCUUUAGGGUUUGAUGUUGAAUCAAGUGUGUCAAAUGAUGCUAUAUUGAAGGCUAGUGCUGCAAGUGAAGCGAUAGAGGAAGUGUACAAAGGGCAUAGGGUUGAACUAAUUACCUUCCAAACCAAGUUUCAACCGCAUCUGGUGUGGAUGAUGGAGCAGGUUCGUAAAAACAUUGACGAACAGACAUAUCAACAUGUGGAUGCUCGCUCAAAAGCUAGAUUUGAUGGGGUUGCACCGGAGCCACGGAAGGGGAUAAGAAGUGGCCACAUUCCAGGGAGCAAAUGUCUUCCCUUCCCCCAGGUGUUAGAUGACUCUCAGAUGCUCCUAUCUGCAGAUGAGCUGAAGAAGAUACUUGAUCAAGAAGGGAUCUCAGUGGACCGCCCUGUUAUGGUAUCAUGCGGCACUGGUGUGACUGCUUGUAUUGUGGCAUUGGGUCUUCAUCGACUAGGGAAGACUGAUGUUCCGGUAUAUGAUGGGUCGUGGACAGAAUGGGUAACAAUUCAAGAUACACCGCAGUGCAAGGAAAAUCUAGAGACCCUUUAAAGCAUGUGGACAGCCGAGAACGUGAAGUUUUUGUCCCCUGCUCGUGGCUGGUUGGCGUUCGGGUGGUGAAGACGAUGGAGGGUGGCGGAGGCAGUAAUACAGGAAAUCGUUGCGUUUUCUACCUUUCUGACUCCAUUUCUCAGAUGAUGCAUCAUAAAUUAUUUUAUUUUUACGCUAAAGAAUUUCUAGUUUUAUUUUCCCUUCCUCCACUUAAAUGGGGUGCAUUUCAUGCGAUGCUUACUGUUACUUUCGAGAAGCAUUUGUGUUGGUAAUUGGCAGAAAAAUAUUGAAAAAUGGUACAGAACGCAUGAAUUGUUUAUUCAGUUCA